AUGGAUGAAAAGAAAUUGCAAAAAAUCUUACGAAAAGCAGAACGAGUUCGGCAAUUGAACGUCGAAAUGAAGUCCAAGGAGAAAAUCGAUAUCUAUCAUGAAGCCGCAGAAGCUUGUCGAACUCUCGGUGACUACGACAAAGCGAUCGUGUAUUUCAAUCUCGAAUUACACGAAUCUGAACUAGCGAACCUAUCCGAUGACAUUCUCUACUGCCAUCGAUUUCUCGGUGAAUGUUAUUUACAUAAGCACAGUUUCCGUACCAGUGAAAAGUACCAGUUGAAAUUUUUGUCCUUAGCGAAAAGCUAUGGGAAUAAUGAACGUAUUGAACAAGCGUAUACGAGUUUAGCAAAUACGUAUUGGCUGUGGUUAAGCUAUUUGCAAGAUGAUAUUCUUUACGAUGCUGAAAAUGAUCAACUGCCGCGAAGUUUGUAUAAACAAAGUUUAGAAGCUGCACAAAAUAGUUUAGCGGUGAUUGAUCAACUUGAUUGGCAAUUAGAGAAUGAGAUUAGAGACAAGCGUCUGACCAAAAUGAAAUCUAUCGAAGACAAACAACAAGAUUUGGCACUGAGACGCGUCCGAAGUUAUAUUAAUAUCGCGAAUGCUCUCUGUGAGAUAUACAUCAGUGAUAACACGGACGAUGAAAGUUUGAAAUCAUUCAGUCAAUAUAUAAAAAAAGCUGUUGAACUGGCAAAAAAACAUAAAUUACAUCAAGAAUUAGCACGUGUACAUUCGUCACUAUCAUGCUUUUACCUAAGUGUACCGAAUUACUUGCAAUAUAAGAAAGAAAUUCUCGCUACAAUGGAACAAGCGAUACAUUAUUCACGUUUGACGAAAAAUGCGCAUGAUUAUUUAUCAUGUUUAUACGACAUUGCUCAAACACUUGUUUCGUUUGAUGAUUAUGAAAAUGCAAAAGUUUAUCUAUUGAAAAUCUAUCAUUAUAAAAAUAACGAUAAUCCGAUAAAAGAAAAAGCAAUGCAGGAUUUAGCGAAUGUUCAACGAAUUCUUACUGGUCUUGAAGAGCGAUAUGAUAAAGAAAGUGAUCUCCAGAAGAAAAUGUUGCUCGCUGAAAGAUGUGCGGAUACAUUUUCAAGUCUUUGUCGAAAUGAACGAAGUAAUCAUUAUUAUCUGAGACAAUUGAAACAUGCUCAAGAGUUGAACUUGGAUAAAGAACAAAUGGCGACGAUUUAUUCAUCAUUGGGAAGUAUUUGUCAAGAUUUGAAAGAAUGGCAGUUGAGUAUUGACUAUUUUCGACGUGAAAUGAGUUGUCGGAUUGGUUUAGAUGUCAAUGCUGAUAUUGAACAAGGCUAUUCAUUAUGUGAGAUCAUCAAAUGCCAAUACCGUCUAAAACUUGAUCUUCAAAUACGAAUAAACACUUUCCAACGUGCAUUGAUCGUUGCUCGGUCAACAAACAAUCAAACUUUAAUUAGAAUGGCAAUUGCAUUGGUCUUGGCAAUGAAAUUACGCGAUUCAAAUAUACGAUUAGAUGAAGAUUUAGAAACAUUCAUGGCAAAUAUCCAACCACCGAUAACUGAGGAAAACUACAAUGACAUUCUCCGAUGCUCUGAACGUUGUGUCAACGAAUUAAUGCAGUCCGAUAAUAAACAAGUGCAGGAGGGAAUGACGACUCUAAACAAUAUUUGUCAUUCGAAAACACGUUUACAUCUAGCAUGCAAGGAAAAAACGGGUUUGAAGACUGUAAUGCAAUUCAUCGCUGAAGGAGACGAAAUCAAUCUGCCGGAUAGACUAGGUCAGACACCUUUACAUUAUGCAAUGGAGUCUGAAUGCAUCAAUAUCGUUCGAUAUCUCUUGGAUCGAAAAGGAAACAUAAAUGCAAGAACGAACAACGGCAUUACUCCUUUGAUUAUCGCAUGCUAUAGAGGCCAGUUAGAUAUGAUUGAAGUUUUAUUAACAUACGGCGCAAAGAUCGAUCUUCGGACAAACAAUGGUUACACUGCUAUUGACUAUUUGAUGGAUUGCGAUCGAGCGACGUUGUCAACUGAUCAGAGGAAGGUCAAUCGUCUGAAAGAUUUACUCUUAAUUGCGAUUAAACAAGAUGAACCAAACUAUUGCAUUCAACCGAUUGUUCGCAGUGAUUUCGAUGAUAAACGAAUGCUCAGUUUCGACGAUGCUCACGAACACCUCCCGUACAAACCGAAUCGAACAGAUGGAAAUAUGGUGACCAAUCGACGGUUACGUCAGAAUAACAGAAAGAACAAAUCUUCGAUUGUUAAACAUGAAAAACGGGAUUAUGAGGACGAUUUUUCAACGAUUCACGAACAGUUUCAAUCACCGUUUUAUACACCUGCACGCAAACGACGAUGCUCAAUCAUCGACACCGAUCUGUCCUCAUGCGACGAUAUCGAUAUUCUUAAUAUCGAUGAUUUAGACUUUGUUACGCCAUUUCAAAGAGAUCCACCGAUAUCAUCACUACAAUUAAUCACACCCAAAUCCACAACUCGAUCUCGACGUCCAUCUACUGCAUCAUCAAUCCACACACCAAUUAUUCUAUCACCACCAGUGCUCUACGAUUCAAACACAAGAAUCAUCCGUUGUGUAGCUAACACGAGUAAUUCCACAUUGGAAGGGAAAAGACUACGAAUACCAAUUUCAUCAUCGGAAACUAUCACUAAUCUCCGCUAUCAAGUUUUGAAACGUUUGUAUGAUAAUUAUAACAUCUAUGCUUGCUUUGUCAUACUAUAUGACAAACAAGAUUGGGAAUUAGGUAUGUGUGACAGUGAUACAAUUCAAUUGGCCAUUCCCAUCGAUGAGCCUGAUAUCAGAGCUGUUUAUAUUGAAAAAAAUCCAAUUUUAACAUACGAACAAAUUUGCCAAGAUAACAGUUUAGUUGUGUAUUCGAAUAUUCGAUUGGUGUUGAAGAAAUUUUUCGACAAAUUCGAACUGUCACUUGCACGCUUAAGUUUAAAAGUCGAUCAAACGAUAAAUAUCUUGAAAGUCUUUGAGAACUUUAUGUUCAUCUACUCGAUCAACCUAUCAGAAAAUCAUCUUACUGACGAGAUCGUUCACCAACUAGAAAAGUUAACAUUGAAUCAAACUAAGUCAUUAAAUCUAUCGAAAAACAAAUUGACAUCGAACGGCAUUCGAAGAUUAUUCGAACAGAAAACCAUGAGUAACCUAACAGUACUUGAUUUAACGGGCAAUAUCGACAUCGAUUGUAUCACAAUACUGUUUCUCCGAACACAUUUUCCGAAUUUGACUGUUUAUCAUUAA